UGGCACUCAGUACGAGUUAGAUAAAUGUGAGGAUGCUUGUUCUGGUGCAUUUAUAAAGGCCUAGUGAUGACAAGUAAAACCUUGUGAUGUCACAAGAGAUGUCAAUGACAUUAGUGAUUCAGAUGAAUUUCUUAAUACUCUGAAAAAAUCAGCUUUAGAUAAUCUUUCACAACUGUGUGAAAUUCCUUGGCCUUUGGUUUUAUCCAUAAGUAGUACAAAUAAUGCCUAGUUCUGUGAUGUUUAGAGAAGGUGACAUGGUCAGAGUUCCCUGAAAAAUCACCUCUCCAAAUGAACAAAAGGCUCUCUCAUUUGCUGGUAGAUUGACAAAGGGCCUGAUGACCCCUGGUCAGAGUCAUGGGAGUCACAUGACCACGCACUCCCGCACAGAAGAUGAGGGGAGGUGUUCCCCAUCCUACCACUCUCAGGCCAGGCCUUCGGAGCUCCUGUGAUAGAACAUUCCCCUCCUCCAGCCAGGUGUGUAGGUCCUUGUUCCUACAGGAAGUAAAGACUGGCCUGGCAGCCAGGAGAGCCCAGGGAACAAGGCCUCAGGGUCUUGGUUGCAAGUGCCCUUCUGGGCCCCCUCCCAGGUCUCCCACCACAGAUAACUGUCUGAGAAGGAAGUGGAGGCCAAGGCUGGCAAGGUGCCUGGGCGGCAGAAGGAAGAACAGAGCAGGCUCCGCACAGCAGCGCGGUGGAGGCGGAUCUGAUCGUGUCAGCACAAAACGCUUGCAAAUUCCAUCAAGUCUAAAGUGAAUCAGCUCACUCUCAGGCAGAACUGGAACCAUGAGCAACAAUGGAACAGACCUAACCAUCGGUUUCAUCUCCUCUUCUGCAGCCAUCCUUUUGUUUGGCUCAAACUAUGUGCCACUUAAAAAAUAUAACACUGGUGAUGGAAUGUUUCUCCAGUGGGUACUUUGUGCUGCCAUUUGGUUGGUUGCCUUGGUGGCAAACCUGAUAUUACGUUGCCCUAAGUUUUGGCCUUUUGCAAUGGUUGGGGGCUGUAUUUGGGCAACAGGGAACAUUGCUGUUGUCCCAAUUAUCAAAACCAUUGGUUUAGGCCUUGGACUCUUAAUCUGGGGAUCAUUUAAUGCCUUAACUGGUUGGGCAAGCUCAAGGUUUGGCUGGUUUGGAAUGGAUGCAGAAGAAGUAGCAAAACCACUGCUCAAUUACAUCGGAGCUGGGCUCUCAGUAGUAAGUGCCUUCAUAUUCUUCUUCAUCAAAACUGAAGUACCAAAGAACACAUAUUCUGUGGACACCACACCAUUAAUGACAGAGCAUGUGACCAAUGGCGAAACUCAAGAUCCCUGUCCUGGUUACUCCUGGGUGGACAACCUUUCCACCGUGCACUCCCGCAUAGUGGGAUGCAGUCUUGCAGUGAUAUCUGGAAUACUCUAUGGAUCGACAUUUGUGCCAGUCAUUUAUAUCAAGGACCACAGCAAAAGAAAUGACAGUGUAUAUUCAGGAGCGAGCCAAAAUGAUUUAGACUACGUUUUUGCACAUGCUAGUGGCAUCUUUCUUACAAGUACGGUCUACUUUCUGGCUUACUGUGUAACCAUGAAAAAUAAUCCCAAACUAUAUCCUGAAGCAGUCUUGCCAGGAUUUCUGUCAGGACUGCUGUGGGCCAUAGCUUCCUGCUGUUGGUUCAUAGCUAAUCACUCCCUGAGUGCUGUGGUUAGUUUCCCGAUAAUCACUGCUGGUCCAGGAUUUGUAGCUGCGUUGUGGGGUGUCUUCAUAUUUAAGGAAAUACAGGGUCAGAAAAACUACCUAUUAAUGGUAUUUGCAUUUUGCAUCAUCUUGACGGGAGCAUUAUGCACUGCUUUUUCUAAAAUCUAAGAAUCACACGACCAGCAGGUGGCAGCAGUGGUUAAGACAACGCCUCUACCGGACCCUAGUCAGAUUAUUCUGAGAACAGAGCUCAUUUUCAUACAGCAAAUGGAUCUCAACUCAUCUUGGAGUGGGUAAAUUAUAGUUUUCACAAGUGUGGGAAUGAAGAAAAACUGAUUUUCAGUCAAGUACGGGGUGACUGAAAUGUCUCCAUUCUUACAGCAUUACAUCUAAGGGUGCUUCUUCAGCACAAUAUGUGUUUAUAGUGUUGCACAAGUCAGAAAACAGCGCGGAGUUCAUACAGAAAGAAUUCCGUGUACGUCCGAAUCUCCAGGAUAUUAUACUCGUUAAUGAAGGGCAGCAGAAAAGAGGCAGAGAAAGGGGUGGGGUUGGUGAGGGGAGAAGACUUGGCUCACAGUGGAAUUAGAUUCCAAAGAUACCCGCAUCCUUUGCUAGAAAAAGUAAAUGUCAGCAUUGGUAGCUGAAUGUUAAAAAGGCCAUUUCAUUAUUUUUAGCCCAAACUUAUUUUUACUUCAAAUUAAUAUUGCCCCACUCUACAUCACUCACCCAUCUUACUUAGCUCAAAAUGCUUUUCAUUAUCCCCGGAUAAAAAUUCAUCUUCACAGAACAAAAAUUUCUCAUCAUUGAGAGUAUAAUACCGAUACCUAAUGUGCAAGGACAUAUAAACACACACACUAUGUAUGUACUGUUCCAAAUUUGGGAGAAAUUCUAGAGGUACUGAAAAUGAGGUUGUAGUUUAUCAGAGAGAGUCCCAAGAGACCAAACACUCUUUGGGAGAUAUGUGUAUGUGUGUGUUUCCUAAAAAAAAUCUUUUCUAAAAUCUUUCUUUUAACCAGAGGUUUUCUUCCUGUUUUCACUGGCGGCUUCUACUAGGCAAUGGAAAAUGACGGACAUGCUGGUUUUAUUUCUUUAAGAAAACUGAAAUGAAACUGUUUGUACAAUGUUCAUCACAAUGGUUCCCAAACUUUCAAAACAGUAUGACCCCUGGUGCGGUGUGUGCUUCACCCACCCCACCUGACAGUCCAGCACUUCGUUGUGCAGAAGAGACAGCACAGCAUUCUGCUGAAGCAUACACACUGUGGAUGGAGGUCACCUGUGAGGGUUUAAAUCCCCCCUCCGCCUCAUUGUACUGGGUUGGCUUCGGCUAAGUUUCUGAGUCCCAGUAUCAGAUGUCUCGUCUAUAAACCGGGGAGUCUGUCUGAACAGUCAAUUGCCAAACCUCUGCUUUUUGCUUACCUUAGGAAGUUAAUGUCUGUCUCUUUUGAAGUGUUGAGGUUUUAUUUUCCCUUGUCUAAUAUGAUUAAAUUCUUGUGUUUAUUUUAACUUUCUCUGGCUUGGCUUUCUGCCUCUGUACACGGAGACGGUGAUGCGUUAAGGAGAGAGGCAGUAGCCCAAUGAGGCUGGCAUCCUCGUUAUGGGAAUUUCCUCCUAUCAGAACAAACAUCUCUAGCCCCUAAUGAGCUUUAAGAAAUUAAUACAGCAUUUCCCUUGAGUUCUCAAAUGUCCUCUUAUUUCUGUAUCCAUUUAAUUUUAUGAAGAAUUUUUAAGAGAAAAAUGAAAUAUUUAAACCAAUCUUUUACAUGGAAUUUUGGGGGAAAAUAAUAAUAGCUGUGGAUCACACUCCCUCUUUUGGCUCAGACCACUUAACUUGCACAUGUUGAAACAUCUCCAGGAGAUCAGUGGCCAAGGCUGUUUUUCCUUCAGACCCUGCGGAAUAAUUACUCCUUCUCCAGUAAUAAAAUCUCUAACACAAUUCAUCUUGACAAGGGUCCAUGAAAACAAACAAACAUUCCAAUUUCUAAAUGGAGAUUUUUCCAAGACCUAGUGAAAUAAAUCGCUGGGAAUGAGCUGGAGAGAGAGACAAGACAGCGGGCUGUAAAUCAGAACCUAGAAGUGCUGAUGCCUCACAGGUGCUCCUGAGACGCCGCCUGCCUGUUUUCAUUCCUCUUAACCAACAAGGUGCUCAAAAGCACUGUUUCUAACUCAUCCAUACCUUACAUAAUUAAAAAGGUUAUAAACCUGUCUUUCACAUACCCCAUAAAUAUUGAUUUAUAAAACUCACCUCAAAUAAUUUUUUUCCAACAGAAAAGGCUGUAUUGUUUCUCUUUCUUCCAAACUUAUUUGAGAAUUAUAUUGGCUUUAUAUGCAUGUGACAAAUUUAUUGUGAGCUCCUUGAGAGUAGAAGGUGUUUUAUUCACCUUUAUAUCUCAAGAAGCUAGCACAGCACAUGGCAUGUAAUUU